GCUGCAAUCGUCACUCACAGUAUCAGUUUCAGUUCAACUGCAAUCAACCAAACUUGCUUUAACCUCAAACCCCAUUCAACAUGUACUCCAAAGUUGUGAUCUGCCUGGCCAUCUGCGCCCUGAGCUCGGUUUCGGCCGGAGUUGUCCCAGUCGCUGCCCCGUUGGCCGCCGCCGGAGUCGUCGCCCCGUACGCCACCUCGUACAAUGCGCACACCGUGAACCACAACAUUGCCGCUCCGUACGUGUCUGCCGCCCCAGUCGUAGCCAAGUACGUCGCCGCCCCGGCUGCUUACGCCGCUGCCCCAGCGGCCUACACCGCUUACGCCGCUGCCCCGGCUGCCUACGCCGCUUAUGCCGCUGCCCCAGCUGCCUACGCCGCUAAGUACGUUGCCGCCCCAGCUGCCUACUCCGCUGCCUACUCUGCCGCCCCAGCAAUCGCCGCUUACAGCGCUCCCUACAACUACCCAUAUCUGUUCUAAGUACGUGUAUGAACAGAAGAUGUGUGCUAGUCAAACUGAACCCGCUUAAUUUAUGUGUGAAAAUAGCUGCUGUUGAGUAAAUAGAUAGGAUGAAUUUUUAAUGCAACGAAA